AGUGCAAUGAAACAACAUUAACUGGCAGAAUUGGGCUCACCACUUUAUUCUGAAAGAGUCGCAAGUACUACCGGAAGUGCUGUUCUUACCUUCAAACGAGAAGAGAAGGCUGUUGUCCAAGUGCAAGUGGUUCAGCUGCACCUAAAACAACUAAAUGUCCGGGAGCAGACUUGAGAGGGUUGGAACCGUGUUUUCGCGGGUUCGGGAUUUAAUGCGCUCUGGAGUGAUAAAGCAAACGGAGAAACCAAUCUGGUAUGAUGUGUAUGAAGCUUUUCCACCAAAACGCCAACCACUUUAUGUAAAACCCCUUACAAGAUCCAGGGUCAAGAAACCAGACCCGGUGCCUGAAAUUUUCUACGCAGAAGAUAAAAUUAGAGCAAAAUUUUAUGACCAAUAUGGGAUGGGUCUUCGGCCUUUUGAUCUUUCCAAAUCAAACUUUGUCUCAACCUGUCAGAGGUUUGUAGACAAGUAUGCACAGUUAAAGAGUCAAUCCGAGAUGGAUGAUUCCGCUCUGUUUGAGGAGACCGGAAAAGCUUUACUUGCAGAGGGCAUCAUACUGAGAAGGAGAGGAGCAGCAACGGUCCCAGCAGAGUCCAGGGAUCCAGUGUUGGAGCUAAAGCUCACAGCCAUGCUGGCAGAGCAGCAAUCAGUUGGUGAUGAUAGCAAGGAAAUGCCAGAAGAGCAUAUGACACACACACAAACGUUGUAGAACUUUGACUUUCUGCUUACCUGGAAGCUCUGGUCACUUGUGGAAAUAACAUCAUGGUUGUCAGGCAGGGGUGUACAAAGGAUCCUAUCUGAUCUGGGGACUUCAAGUAGCCUCUAGCUCUCUUUGUCAAAUGUCACUACUGUCAGCAGGCUACAUUCAUUUAGUUGUCACAUAGAUACCUGUAAACCUCUUGAUUCUACACUGCAUUCUGAAUAUCAAUCCAAUGAUGUUUCAUAAUGGUAUGUUGUGUGCAACUGCAUGGAAACAAACUGGCAAUACAAUUGUAUUUAUACCAGA